AUGAACAUGGACGCCGCCGACAUGCGCAUGACCUUCUUCGACAGUCCGUUUACCUCACUCUUCUCCAACCAGUGGACUCCCAAGAACAAGGGCACCUACGCCGGCACCUGCAUCUUUCUCAUUGUCCUGGCCGUCGCCUACCGCCUUUUGCUCGUCGGAAAGCAGAAGCUCGAGGAGCGCUGGCUGAACCAAGCCAUCAACCGCCGUUAUGUCGUCGUCGCCGAUAGACAGCCCGAGUCCGAGCGCAUCGAGAAGGACCCCGACUCCAAGGACGCCGUCCUUUCCGCGAACGGUGUUGAGGAGCACGUCAAGAUGGUUCGUGCCAAGGCUUGCGGGGCCCAGCCGUGGAGGUUCAGCGUCGAUUUGCCUAGAGCCGCGCUGGUCACUGUCCAGGUCGGUGUCGGUUAUCUCCUGAUGUUGUCUGUCAUGACUCUCAACGUUGGCUACUUCUUGUCGGUCCUGGGUGGAACGUUUCUGGGCGAGGUGAUUUUGGGAAGGUACAACCAGGGCUUCGCGGAUCACCACUGA